AUGAAGCAACCACUAGUGCAAACCACCAACGACGACACAAAGGUUGUCCUAAUCACCGGCUGCGCCAAAGGCGGCAUCGGCUACGAGUACUGCAAGGCUUUCGCCGCCCGCGGCUGCACCGUCUACGCCACCGACAUUCCCGACCGCAUGCCGGACCUUGCUGACCUCACCUCCGACAUCAUCGCUGGCAGCGGCGCCGUCCACGCCCUCGACCUUGACGUCUCCUCCGACGUCAGCGUAUCCACCGCCGUCGCCCACAUCCUCUCAAAGCACGCCAAAAUCGAUAUCCUCGUCAACAACGCCGGCAUCUCCAGCACCGGCCCUCUGUCAGAGUUGCCGCUAGCUGCCAUCCAAAAGACAUACGAGGUCAACGCCCUCGGACAGCUCCGGAUGAUCCAGCAAGUCGUCCCCCACAUGGCGGCCCGGAAGUCCGGCUGCAUAGUCAACGUCGGAAGCAUCGUCGGAAAAGCCCCGACGCCGUGGGCCGGGUCGUACUGCGCCGCCAAGGCCUACGUCCACGCCAUCUCGCACGUGCUCCGCGUGGAGCUCCGGCCGUUCAACGUUGACGUGGUCCUUGUCCGGCCGGGAGCGGUCCGGUCCAGCUUCGGAAUCAACGCACUGAACCGGCUCAAGGAUUAUGAGUGGAAAAUGUACGGGGAGUUUAAGGAGGCCAUCGAGGAGAGGGCCCGGGCGUCGCAGGGCGGGAAGUCAACCGCCGCCGGCGAGUUCGCCCGCCACGUGGCAGGGAAGGUGCUGAGCCGGAAUCCGCCGAGGACGGUGGAGUACGGACACAUGACGGCGCUGUUUAAUUUUCUGUCGUGGGCCCCGCUUUGGGUUCGGGACAUGUUUUUUGCUCGCCGGUUUAAGGUGGUCCUCCGAUAGAGCUGUUGAGGGGAAUGGGAUCCUACUUGGGGAGCCCUGGUCUUGGGCUCCCGGAGCGUGGCGAUGGACACUAGUUAUGAUUUACUACAGCAUCUUAUUGCUAUA